GGGCGGGCGGGCGCGAUGGUAGCUCCUGGUCUCGGCCCUUCGGCGUCCCUCAGGAAACAGCGCUGUAUAGGAAGGCGCAUGUGGGAGGCGCAGUUGUGGGCGGUGACGGAGCAGGAGCUAGAUAAUUGUGAUUCGCUCGUGUUUGUCAACUUGUGGCAGCUCGAGGCGUUAGAAGCAUGCAAGUGGCUUCGCGCCGCGGGAUUCCCUCAGUAUGCGCAGAUGUACGAGGAGUUGCAAUUCCCGCUGGACUUGGUGUGCGUGGAGCGGGACCACACCUUCCUGGACGGCGAUUCCCUGCAGGCGCUCUUCAGGAGGCUACGGGCGCUCAACCGGUGCGCCAAGAUACGACUCGACUCGGCCAGGAAGAACAAGGCGGAAGAAUCAGACGACGAGGAGCAGGAGUGCGCUCUGUCCGGCAACUGGAAAUUUCAGCGCCACUCCCGCCGUUGGUCGCGCGUCGUGCAUGACCGAUCCCCGAGCGCCGGCGGCGAGAGCAAGGUGUCCGGGGAGCCUCGGGGCCUCGACAUCCAGGAUGACGUCCUCCUCGGCCAGUUCAAGAGGUCGGGCUCGGAGCGGCUGCGGGACGGCGCCAAGGCCUUCCUGCGCAGGAUGGAGUCACUUAAGAACAAGAAGAAGAAGAGGCAGAACAGGGACGGCGUCGUCAUCAGCGGUCCCAAGCUCGUGGACGAAGCCGACAUGCAGGCCAAGGUGGCGGAGAUGGGCUGCGUCGACAUCUCGCUGGACGCGUCUCCGGAGCUCGCCAGCCGCGCCUCCACUACCACCUCCACGAUGACGGUGGGCUCCACGCACCCCAGGGAAGCCAGACAGUCGACCCCGGGCGAGGACUCCUCCUCGUUAGCCUCCGACCACUCACAGACCUCGACGCCGCUGUUCCGGUGGCGUCGACGCAAGAGAUUCGGGCGUCGGGGCGGCAGUGGACACGGGGUGGGCGAGACAGGGGGCGGGGGAGGGGCGUACAGCGAUUCCGAGUGCUCGCCGCCCACCUGGAGACACUACUUCACGGAUGCCAAUUCCAACAAGAUGGCACAGACCACAGGCUCGGAGAAGCGGGCGGGCAAGACGGGGUCAGGACGCCCCUCCAGGCAGGGCCAGCUGCGCCACACCGGCUCCCUCACCUACGGGAAGGAUUCGCAGGCCGCCAGGGAGCACUUUCUCUCGAGUAUUAGAGGAGGAGUUGAGAAGAAUGAUGAGAACGUCUCGCCCAUCCCCAGCCCGGACGAGGAGAGGCAUUCGGUGUAUGAUAAUGUCCCCCUCAUCAUAUGCAACAAGAGUUACCAUGACUACCAACCUGAGGCCAUGGAUUCUGAAGCAAGUGCGCAUGAAGGUUCAGGUAGUAGUGAGUGCACAGUAGAGAGCAGAGACUCGCCUUUACCAUCCACUCACGAUGAUGAUGAGAACGAAGACCCCUGUCAGAGAAGAGUGACAGUGGACAGAUGGCACAGCUUCAACCGCAAAUCAUACCAGCAGCCUAUGCGCCAGCAAGGAACACAGAUUAACGGGUUCAGCAGUGGACAGAUGCUGCACUUAAGAAAACGAGCUUUGUUGAGGCUGACAGCACUCAUGGAAAGGUACUGCCCAAGCAACCGCAGUGGGUGGAACUGGGAACUGCCAAAGUUCAUGCGCAAAAUGAAGACUCCAGACUAUCGCGACAGGCAGGUCUUUGGUGUGCCUCUUCUGGUGAUUGCUCAAAGAACAGGACAACCACUGCCUUCGGGGAUCCAAGCAGCUCUGCAGUAUCUCAGGACUUCAAGCCUGGAUCAGGUCGGCAUCUUUAGGAAACCUGGUGUGAGAUCCCGCAUUCAGAAGCUGCAAGAGUUACAUGAAAUGGGAGAGAACAUUCAGUACUCAGACUUUGGUACCUGUGACAUAGCUGACAUGGUCAAAACGUACUUCAGGGAGCUGCCUGAAGUGUUAUUGACCAACAAGCUCUCAGAAAUGUUCAUAGCAAUCUUCCAGUACCUGCCAGUUGAACAUCGCCUUGAGGCCCUUCAGUGUGCUAUUCUUAUGCUGCCAGAUGAAAACCGAGAAGUCUUAAUGGUGCUUCUCACAUUCCUUGCUGAUGUGGCAGCAAAUUCCCAUCUGAAUCAGAUGCAUGCUAGUAACUUGGCUGUGUGCCUGGCCCCCUCCCUUUUCCACCUCAAUGUUGGGACUUCGGGUUCCAGUCCAUUGAGACGGCGAGCGACAGGUACUCCUGAGCCUCGAGAUCUGCAUGAAAACAAGGCAGCUCACCACUGUCUUACUCUAAUGAUACAGCAGGUCAGCCAACUCCAGUGUGUGCCGAUGGAAAUGCUGUCCAAUUGCCGGUUCACGUACCUGGAGCAGAGUCAGCCAGUUUACCUUGAGGACCUAGGUGUUGUAGGAUCUCCGGGAGUGGCCAGUGUGGAUGGAGAUUGGUCAACUUACAUGAAUGCCUGUAUCACAUCGUUACUGAAAGAAGCAAGAGACAAGUCUAGAGGUUGGGUACACAUGAACUGCACAGAUCCCAACGUUGAGAUUCUUUAUCGCAAGGUUGGAGAUGGUCACCCCUUAAGGCUGUGGCGAGCGACAACAGAAGUAGAGGCUCCUCCAUCAGAACUGCUGAACCGUGUCAUUAGAGAAAGGCACUUGUGGGAUGAUUCCUUGUUGAAGUGGAGAGUCAUUAGUCGGUUAGAUCGUCAAGCUGAAGUCUUCCAGUAUAUGUGCAACUCCAUGCCCCCUCGGCCUCCAGUGGAUUAUUGUGUGUUAAGGUGUUGGAGAAGUGAUUUGGCCCGAGGAACCUGCAUUGUGGUGGAAACCUCUGUGGAGCAUGCUGAUGCCCCUAUCCUCGUGGGCAGCGUGAGAGGCAUAGUGUUGGCCUCUCGUUACCUUAUCCAACCAUGUGGCUCAGGCAAAUCCAGGAUCACGCACAUAUCACGGCUUGACAUGAGAGGGCGUACUCCAGAGUGGUAUAACAAGGUCUAUGGCCAUGUCACAGCCUCGCACCUCUCACGUAUCCGGCAGAGCUUUGAGCACCAUGCAGUUGGACCUGAGAGCAAAGUGUAAAUAACCCACAACUGUACAGAAAUUAUAUACAAUAUUUGUUAAGAGUGAUAAAAAAAGAGAGAAUAUUUGCAAAUAUAUUUUUUGCAAUGUUAUUUGCAAAAUAGAUGAUCUGAGGGAUUUUUUUUAUAGUGUUGGAAAUACCCAAGUGAAACCUUAUUAAUUGUACCCCAGAAGUGAACUAUGUGAUCGACAAACAAUGGAUGUGAUAAUCCCAGAGCUUCCAGAAGUUCACACACACACACACACACAAAAAAAAGAUAAGACUUAUUUCUAUUCCCAUUGAUAUAUAUUAGUGUUGCGAUGAUCAACACACAAAAGAAAAGAAAGGUUUGUUUGUUUGGUGUCUAUAUAAUGGCACGGGAGAAAACCCAAAAAUAUUUACUUUGUGGACCACAGUGUACAUUCCUGCACAUUUAAGGGACUUUUGUGUAUGUUUGUCUCCCACCAAAUAUGAAGUGUAUAUUUUGUGCAUCACGUAUUCUUACCUGCUUUGUGCACCGACCAAAGUGCUUCUGCGGCUGACCAUUGUGAAGUGAUUCAUCUAAGGUGGAAUAUAUAUAUAUUUUUAGAGAAUUUUCUACUUCAGGGAGAAAAGUAAGGGUGAUCAUCUGAGCAUGAAAAGACGAGGGUGAAUGAAGUUGACAUUUUUUUUUUUGUCUUUUUUCUAUAAUCAUACAUAUCACUUUGUUUUUUGUUUUUUUCAUACAUUAAUUGACAUUGCUGUAGAUAUUAGAGAUGGUUUCUGAAGUGUUAAAUUCUCUCUGAGGUGACUGACAUAGUAUUCUUCUGCCUUAUGUAUUUGCCAUCCUUGUGAGCCUUCCAUGGUGAAAGCUGAAACAGAAGAACAGUUGUCUAUAUGUGCGUGUGUGGAUGUCCGCAUUGUAAGUACGUGUGAAUGUCUGUUUAUAUCCAGUAUGCUAAGGUAUGUGAAGCAUACUUUUCCCAAACAUAUUCUUUUCUCCUUUAUAGUUUUUUCUCUUUUUUUCUAAUGUUCAUUUUACAUUAAAGGUAAAUGAAAUGAAUAUAUAGAUCAGUGUAAAAAAAAAAAAAAAAGAAAUAUGGAGAUAAGAGGCAACUUUCCAGUGAGGCGACGGUGCUGUUAUGUCCUUAUAUGUAGCAUUCUCUCGAAUAAGAAAUAGAAAUUACAGAGUUAUUCACUCCUAGUCCUAUUACUCACAAAGGCCUUGAUUAGCGACAAAUACCAGAUCGGACAAUCACUGCUGCUCGGAGCUUAUGAUAUUUCUUCUUGAGUUUGGAGGCAAAGAAAUUCUUUAUGACUGGUCUUUUAUAACAAUUGCCAGUCACUUUAAUUAAUUGCAUAAACUAGAAUUGAGUUCUUGAUAUCAAAAAUUACAAUUUAAAGAAUAUAGACUAUAUGUAUAUGUUAAAAUAUAUAAUCGAAAGAGUGAAGGCAAAUUAUACUCUGUAUUGAUGCUUUUGGCUCCAGUGUCAAAAGUUAAACAUUCCUAGUCUUUACAAGAUUUGUUAUCUUUUUUUGUACAUUGUAAGUAAUUUUUCAAAUAAUGUAAAACAUACAUUUUGUAUCUGCAGUUACCUCUUAAUACAAUAACCUGUUGUUUUAGUGUACCACAUGUGUCUGUUUUGUAUUUUAUUAUUCUCAUAUAGACCUGUGAGUCACAUGUGUAAGUUGCAGUCACCCAUGUACAUUUAUAAACCUACACACUUUUAACUUUAGGAUAAAAUUCUUCCUAUCAUGUUGUACCUCUUGGUGCUGAAUAUAUAUUAUCAGUUAUAA